UGUUCAAAUGCGGCUCUCAGCCUUUGCUUUGGUUUCUGCUGUCACGGGCAGGCUCUCUCCAGCACUAUGUUUCUUACGCAUGACGCAUGGGACAAUAAAGCUUUGCAGGAUUUGUUUCUUCAACUUAUAAAAGUCAGUUAUAGUCCACAGCUUUGCUUUUACUGCCUGGCAUGUAUCUGUAGCCUAUUUCAGGCGGGGGGAGCAGCUUUUAUUCAUUUCUCCUGAGGCAGAGAAACCUCAGAGAAUGAAAGACUCGGAUUUAACUGGACUUUUCUCCCCUGUUUUAGCCGAACUGGUCACUUUCUUCUGAACUAACUGCAGUUUGGUACAAUGACAGCCUGGCAGAAGGCUAAAGGGCUUUAGGAUGAAAGUUGUGAAGCGUCUUUUUAUUCUGCUCAGCUGCUGGACUCUCAUUUACCUGCAUCCUGUCCUCGGUUCGCUAAGCCGGGCCAGACCGACGGACUACCACCUCCUCCCGUUUGGAGAAGCAGCGGAGCGCGUACCGGGAGAGCAAGCCCACAGAAGAGCCGUGGGAGGAUCACUGCAAGCCGCUGGAAGGCGACCGGUGGCCGCUCAGGGGACGUGGAGUCCAGUGCGGAUCACGCGUAUCCGCGCAGGUCCGCCGCUAAUCAAAGGAGAGGCGACUGUUAUUGACACCAAACUUACGGCGGGAAAGAGCUGGCCACAGCGCAGCGGAACCGUGACGGUGAACCGCACACACCUGCAGCGGGACAGAGCAGUGAGCUUAGGGCGCAAAGAACUUGUACGCUCUUGGCUGCCCGCCGGGGAUGCACACGAUAAAGCGCACGCACCCGCAGGUAUUUACGCACAUGCACGAGCGAAAGGAGUCGGGACUGCGGGUGCUGGAGGUGGAGGUGGAGGUAUACCGGGGAAAAGUUUGGGGAAAAUUGCAGCCGCUCCAGCGCGCACCGGAUCUCCGCAAAGAGUCCUCAGCGCGCAAAAGCAGCAGCAGCAGAGCGCGGCUCCGGCGGGGCAGCGGGGAACCAGCAGCAAACCGAGCCACCGGGAGGCGCAUCACAAACAGCCGCUGGUGAUUCCUCACGACUACAUGUUGUCGCUGUACUGGUCUCUCUCCAGAGGGGACAUAAACGGCAGCGCUCUGCACGACGCGGGUCUGGCCAACACCAUCACGAGCUUCGUGGAUAAAGGACAAGAUGAGCGUGGGCCCCAGCUGCGACGGCAAAGGUAUCUCUUCAACAUCAGCUCUCUGGAACGAGAUGGGCUCCUGGGGGCCGAGCUACGCAUCCUGAGGAAGCACUUCUCUGAUACUCGCAGAGUUUUGAUAGGCUACAGAGACUCUGAUGGAGGAGGAAAAGGAGUCCUUUCACCAGUCCUAAGGCUGUACACCUGCACUUCAGGCAAACAAAAGCCUGUUCUUGUUCAGAUGAAGAUCAUGGAGGAUCUGUUCAGCAGCUUCAGCAGCACAUGGGAAGUGUUUGACGUAUGGAAGGUCUUCAGGGGCAUCAAAAACCAGAAGGGCCAAGAUUCACAGGAACUGUGCUUUGAACUGGAGGCCCUGGAGCACAGAGGUGGUCGCCCCAUGGACCUUCGCACUUUGGGGUUUGCUAGACAUGGCAGGACCAACAAGGAAAAAGCCUUCUUCUUGGCAUUUGGGAAAAGCAAGAAGCGUGAUCUUUUCUACAAAGAGAUCAAAGCACGGUCUGGCCACGAUAACAAAACUGUCUAUGAGUACCUGUUCACCCAGCGACGAAUGCGACGAGCACCUGCUGCGAGGGGGUUUAAAAAACCACCGCAGCAGUCACUGCCACAGCACCAAGCGGUGAAGGCAAGGCCACGCUGCCACCGGAGACGGCUCCACGUGAACUUUAAGGAAAUGGGCUGGGACGACUGGAUCAUCGCUCCGCUGGAGUAUGACGCCUAUCACUGUGACGGUGCCUGCGAUUUCCCCAUCCGCUCACACCUUGAACCAACCAAUCAUGCUAUCAUACAGACCCUGAUUAACUCCAUGGACCCAGAGUCAACACCACCCACUUGCUGUGUCCCGACACGGCUCAGCCCGAUCAGUAUCCUCUACAUUGAUUCGGCCAAUAACGUUGUUUACAAGCAAUAUGAGGACAUGGUGGUGGAGACGUGUGGGUGCAGGUAGCAGAGACAGGAAACACGUUUUAAUACUAUGUUCAAAUCUAAAACUGGAGUUGGUAUUUCAGAUUCACUGCUGUGCAACAGACAUUACUCUUCACAAGUGGGCUUACAGACUGCAUACCAGAGACUGUUUAAGACUAAACAGAUGAAGAUAAACUCAUAGAGGUGAUGGUCUGAAACACCCACUCACUAAAACUCGUCUGUAAUGUUGAUGUUGUUAAUGAUGAGCGGGAUACAUCCAAGAAAAUCCAAAUAAUGGAAACAUGGAAAAAAAAGACUCAUAAGAUUUAU